AAAGUUCAAUCUCCCGUGCAUGCACCUUGCAGCGAGCGCACGUUUAAACCUUUGCUGACUGCGCCUACGCACAGCAAGUGAAAGCGAAGCUGGGCAUGACUGAUGCAGAUGCGCUCACAUUCUCUGCGCAACCCCCAUCCGCCGCAAUUGCUCUACAGAGCUCUGGCUGCUUCGCACUGCUUCCUGCCCUAGCUGGUAGGUGAAGUCUUCAGGCGGCCCAAUGGCGACGUGUUCCUUGCUGAGUCGGUCCCAGAUUGGCAGCAUUGCCUCCGUUCUGCCCCAUACCUCCUCACAUGGAACUCAGAGUGGCCACAUUGCAGUUCUGCCUAUGAUGCCACUAAUCAAUUCGCUUCGUAUGACGCUUUGCCCUAGCUUUAGUUUGCAAUCUAGCCAGGUAUAUCCCAGUAAAGAGCAGCUCACAGGGCGUAGGAAAAGGUCAGUAUCACGUGCAGCUGUGUCCGAGAAAACGGAGAAGCAGGUCACUGCGAAAGACGUAGACGAGUGGAACAAGAAGGGCAAGAUUCAGAGGCUGGAGCAUUUGGAAGAACAAGCUCUAGAAACAUUGAAACAUGCACUUUAUGACUUUGAGCGGCCAGCAUUUCCUUGUGCGCUCAUCGCAGGAGAUGUGGUCAUUCUGGACCUCCUUGCUCGGUCAGGAGCGUUCAGCAAGGGCCUUGUCAAGGUCAUUUUCGUAGACACCUUCCACUUAUUUGAGGAAACGCACACAUUUUUGCGCCAGCUGGAGAACAAGUAUGGUUUCGAAUCGGAGGUGUUCCAGGCUGCUGGUUUUGCAUCUCGGGCGGACUAUGUCAAGGUGCACGGACCCGACCUUUAUCUCACGGACAUCGACGAGUACGAUCGCAUCUGCAAAGUGGAGCCCUUCGGCCGAGCAUUGAAGACCCUCAAGGUGGACGCCAUGAUCAACGGCAGGCGGCGAGAUCAUGGGGCCGAGAGAGCGCACAUCGAGCUGUUUGAGGGCGGCGACAUGGUGAAGGUGAACCCGCUGGCGUACUGGGAGUUCCGCGACUGCUGGGACUACAUCAAAAAGUACAGCCUCGCGUACCACCCGCUGCACGACCAGGGCUACCCCAGCGUGGGGGACAUCCACAGCACGCUGCCCGUGCCUCGGGAGCAGUGGUUCGAGUAUGCAGGCGAGCGGUCUGGCAGGUUCCAGGGCUUGACGAACAAGGACGGGUCCGCAAAGACGGAGUGUGGCAUUCACGUAGGCGAUGCACGCCAGGUUGCUUCUGAGAUCUCAUCUUCCCUAUAACCGCAUGCACUUCCCAAGGGGAGUUCAAGUUGUACUCCCUAGACGUCCACUGUCCUCGUUAGCGCCUACGCUCGUCUCCUGUACUCUAUUUUCGUGCGUGCUCAAGUGCAGAAGAAACAUUUUGACAUGAAGCCCGAUGACAACGACGAUGACUGUAAGGAUAAGUGCACAAUAGCUUGAAGUCUAUUUUGCUAGACAUGAAGGAAAAAGGAUCAAAUGAAGGUGCGCGGAGAACAAGUUGCCUUAAUUAUCGUGUUCGAUGAAAGCUACACUGGCCGCCUGGCAGCUAGGCGGCAUCAUUCAAUGUGCACAU